GCCUCUUUCUUCGGCCGGGUCCUCGCUGGCCUCCUAGCCCAACUUUUAUUUUGGGUACUCUUCAGCUGCGCACGGUCCCCUCAGACCCGGCCUCUCCUCGGCUUCGCCUCAGCGCCAACUUGCCCGGGGCCAUGACGCACCACCAGGCCCCCCUCGGGCGGAGAACUCCCCGUUCACCUGGCGGAGGCGGCUGCGGGAGAGAGCGCGCGGCUGAGCGCGGCCGCCGGGGAGACUCCGCGCAGGAAGCCGCCCUGCCUCUCCGCCGGCAACGGGCUCCGCCACCGUCGCCUCUUCCUCCGCCGCCUCCGUCGCGCCCCCUCCCCCUUUCUGCGCGCCUUGUCGGAGAAGCCAGCUUGCUGCUGCUGCUGCUGCCGCUGCCGCCAGCGCUCAACUGAUCAUGAAGGAACAAGAGGAGACGAAGAAGGAGGAGGAGGAGGAGACCAGCAGCCCCGGGGGAAAGCGCUGCUCCUGCUCAGCCGCGGCUGCUCCUGCUCUGGGGUGGGCAGCUCUGGACGGGGGGAUCAGAUUACAGACUCCCCCCGUGAAGGGGUGACCAAGCUGGAGGCAGAGUUGAAGUUUCUGCUCACAGUUUGGGGGUGAAUCGGUGAGACUGAGGAGCGCAAGAGGGAAGUCAAAGGGAGCUCUGGACCACGGAAGGAAAAAGCGGAGAGAAGGAUACCCAUCACCUCAUUUCUUCUCUGGCAUCCGUUGCCACUGGCCAUGAAGAGGAAACAGAAAAGAUUUCUGCAAAUGACGUUGUUGUUCGUGGUGACUCUGAUUUUCCUGCCCAACAUCGGACUCUGGUCUCUGUACAGGGAAAGACACCUGGUGAAAUCCACCAUGCUGGGAGAGCAGCAGACAUUCCCAAUGGGGCUUGGAGAUGGACAGCUCUAUACCUGGACAGAUGGCUUGAAAAGAAAGGACUGGCAUGACUAUGAAAGUAUUCAAAAAGAUGCCAUGCGUUCAGGGAAAGGUGAACAGGGAAAGCCUUACCCUCUCACAGAAGAAGACAAUGAUGAUUCUGCAUAUCGGGAAAAUGGUUUCAAUAUUUUUGUGAGCAACAACAUAGCCUUGGAGCGAUCCCUGCCAGACAUUCGACAUCCUAACUGUAAGCACAAGGUAUACUUGGAGAAGCUUCCAAACACUAGCAUAAUCAUCCCAUUUCAUAAUGAAGGCUGGACUUCACUCUUGCGAACCAUACACAGCAUUAUCAACAGGACUCCAAGUAGCCUAAUAGCAGAAAUCAUUCUCGUGGAUGACUUCAGUGACAGAGAACACUUGAGAGAAAAGCUGGAGGAAUAUAUGGCACGUUUUGUCAAAGUGAGAAUUGUGCGCACCAAAAAACGGGAAGGGCUCAUUCGCACCAGACUACUUGGAGCCUCAAUAGCUAAAGGAGAAGUCUUGACCUUCCUCGACUCCCAUUGUGAAGUCAACGUGAACUGGCUGCCUCCUUUACUUAAUCAGAUUGCGCUAAACCAUAAGACCAUUGUGUGUCCCAUGAUCGAUGUCAUUGACCACAAUCACUUUGGGUACGAGGCGCAAGCGGGAGAUGCCAUGCGUGGAGCCUUCGACUGGGAGAUGUACUACAAAAGAAUACCAAUUCCGCCAGAGCUCCUGAGGGCUGAUCCCAGUGACCCUUUUGAACUCUUGCUUUCUGCUGCUCAGAACCUGAAGCGCGUGGCAGAAACGUGGAUGGAUGAAUUCGCAGAGUACGUUUACCAGAGGCGGCCCGAGUACAGACACCUCUCCACCGGCGAUAUCUCGGCCCAGAAAGAGCUUCGCAAGCACCUGAAGUGCAAGGACUUCAAGUGGUUCAUGGCUGCGGUGGCUUGGGAUGUCCCUAAAUAUUUCCCUCCGGUGGAGCCACCACCUGCUUCCUGGGGAGAGAUUCGAAACGUGGCAGCAAACCUGUGUGUGGACAGUAAGCACGGAGGAACAGGCACGGAGCUGAGGCUGGACAUCUGUGUGAAGGAUGGCUCUGAACGGACCUGGUCACAUGAGCAGCUCUUCACCUUUGGUUGGAGAGAAGACAUCCGUCCAGGAGAACCUCUUCACACCAGAAAAUUCUGCUUUGAUGCCGUUUCGCACAGCAGCCCCGUCACACUUUAUGACUGCCAUGGUAUGAAGGGCAACCAGCACUGGAGCUACAGGAAGGACAAAACUUUGUUCCAUCCGGUGAGCAGCAGCUGCAUUGAUUGCAAUCCGGCAGAGAAGAAGAUUUUCAUGAACAGAUGUGAUCCUUUAUCUGAAACUCAACAGUGGAUUUUUGAGCAUAUUAAUAUGACUGUUUUAGAGAAAUUUAACAGCAAAAAAACCAGCUCUUAGGGAGAAAAAAAACAGACUGUUCUGUACAGAUUGCAAACAAGAUUUUGGCCAGCAUCUGGGUCAAAGGAGUCAGAAAUUAAGUUUCCUAGUGCCAGGAAAUCUGUUCUGAAGAUUAAGUAAAUGCCAGGGCAGAAGCCAACGAGCUGUCAUUGCGGGUGGACAAUAUCUGAAGAACUUGGCGGAGAACCUCACCAGCUGCUGCUGGAGGCCUCCUGGCUGACAAUUUCCCUUGCUGGUCAAGGGAAAACUUUAUUUUAAAAAAAUGUUUCCAAACACUCCAUGUUAAUAAAGUUAAACAGAGUUUUAGAGUUUCUCAGGUCAAACCCUACUAUAGUGAGUAGCUAUGAAUAGUUGCUGUUACUUACAGGGGAUAUUAUGGAGUGCAUGAGUGCUAUGUGGGAAUCUUGAGAUGCCACCAGUAGAGAACUAGAAACAUCAAUGGAUACUGUCAGUGUCUCAGAACUGUAAAACAAGAUGGAUGUUCUAGCGCCAUUCCUUUCCCUUGGUGGAAGUCAGGUUUAAGAGGGUUAUUUAAAUAAGGUGUUAUAACAGAUAAUGUUAAGAACCUCCCUAUUACAUUCCUUUCACUGUUGAAAUGGGAAUGGCUGAAAAGCAAUGUAAGAGUAAUUUUAGAGUUGCAUUUUGAAUGAAGCAUGAAAAUGACUGUAAGGUGUCAAAUGACCAUUUCUCUUCUGCAGUUGAAGAAAGAAUAAUUUCCAUCACAGCAAUUAAAUAAAAUUUUCAUCCAUUUUA